CAAGUCUACCACCCAUUUCUUAGUUUACCAGCCUAGGCUACAAGUAAACCAAACCCUCAGGGCUCAAGUCCUGAUCCCUAAUCCCUCGCCCAUGUCCGUGGCUCAACAAUUUACCAAAUAUUCUCUACUUCGCUGCCCCUUCUGGUGCUGUGACAGACGGCUCAAGCUUCCUUUGCCGUGCUGUGCUUAAGGUCCCUGCUUUGCUCCCCAAACUCUGCACUUCCUCUGCGUUCCGAUUUACAGCUUUGGAGCUUCUGAUGUUGUGCUGAAGUCUGUGUUCAUGUUUGAAUAUCUUUGUUUGAUAUCUCUGCAUUCACCCCCAUGGAAGGAAGUUGAUAUCAUGGGUCAAGGUGUCUACUCUUUGGGUCUUAAGUUUUAAGCAGUUUACGAAUCACCAAGACCAAAUACUUUGAAGUUACAGUUGCCAAAGUUUUGGCUACUCUGUGUUCGAUCUGUUGUAUAAAAAUUUGGGUUCUCAUUGGUUUCGGAAGAUGGAUAUAAUUUCCCAAUUACAAGAACAAGUAAAUGCAAUAGCUGCCCUAGCCUUCAACACUUUCGGGUCGUUGCAAAGAGACGCUCCACCCGUCAGGCUUUCCCCAAAUUACCCAGAACCCCCUGCUAAUCCCACUGAGGACUCGGCGAAUUUCCCCGACCAACCUAAGCUCAUGAGUGCUGCUCUUGUUAAGGCCGCUAAACAGUUUGAUGCCUUGGUUGCAGCACUUCCAUCUUCCGAAGGAGGUGAAGAAGCUCAACUUAGAAGGAUUGCUGAACUCCAGGCCGAAAAUAAUGCCGUAGGCCAAGAACUUCAGAAGCAACUGGAGGCUGCAGAGAAGGAAUUGAAACAGGUGCAGGAGUUGUUCAGUCAAGCAACAGAUAAUUGUUUGAACUUGAAGAAACCAGACUGAAGUCAAUACCUAGUGAAUCCUGCUUUCUUUUUAUUGUCUUUAAAAGUCUUUAAUCCUAUGUACUUAAAAGGUUCUAUUGUACGAGUUUAAAUUUGUACAAGCAUUUUGUUAUCCACCAACGAGUUUUGGUUUGCCUCGUGGGUUCUGAUUCCUCGUUAGAAUUUAGCUACUGUUUCAUGUUUGUGAAGACACGCUGACUGUUUUGUGUAAGCCAUGGUCAGAUUGGCUCUAUCUUUAGUAUAUAUACUUUUAGUAUAUAUAUUUUAAAUAUAUAAACAUAUUUACUUUC